AUGACUGUGGAGUUCGAGGAGUGCAUCAAGGACUCGCCGCGCUUCAGGGCUACUAUUGAUGAGGUGGAAACUGACGUGGUGGAGAUCGAGGCAAAACUAGACAAGCUGGUCAAACUGUGCAGUGGCAUGAUCGAGGCUGGCAAGGCCUAUGUCACCACCAACAGACUCUUCGUGAGUGGUGUUCGAGACCUGUCCCAGCAGUGCCAGGGCGACACCGUCAUCUCGGAAUGUCUGCAGAGGUUUGGAGACAGCCUGCAGGAGAUGGUCAACUACCACAUGAUCCUGUUCGACCAGGCCCAGAGGUCUGUGCGGCAGCAGCUCCACAGUUUUGUCAAAGAGGACGUGCGGAAGUUCAAGGAGACCAAGAAGCAGUUUGACAAAGUUCGGGAGGACAUGGAGCUGUCCCUCGUGAGGAAUGCCCAGGCCCCACGGCACCGUCCUCAUGAGGUGGAGGAGGCCACAGGUGCCCUGACCCUCACCCGGAAGUGCUUCCGUCACCUGGCACUGGAUUAUGUGCUCCAGAUCAACGUCCUCCAGGCCAAGAAGAAGUUUGAAAUCUUGGAUUCUAUGCUGUCCUUCAUGCAUGCCCAGUACGGCUUCUUCCAGCAAGGGUACACCCUGCUGCACCAGCUGGACCCCUACAUGAAGAAGUUGGCCGCCGAGCUAGACCAGCUGGUGAUCGACUCAGCGGUGGAAAAACGGGACAUGGAGCGGAAGCACGCUGCCAUACAGCAGCGGACGCUGCUGCAGGACUUCUCCUAUGAUGAGCCCAAAGUGGAAUUUGAUGUGGACGCGCCCAGCGGUGUGGUGAUGGAGGGCUACCUCUUCAAGAGGGCCAGUAAUGCCUUCAAGACAUGGAACCGGCGCUGGUUCUCCAUCCAGAACAGCCAGCUGGUCUACCAGAAGAAGCUCAAGGACGUGCUGACCGUGGUGGUGGACGACCUCCGUCUGUGCUCUGUGAAGCCAUGUGAGGACAUCGAGCGGAGGUUCUGCUUUGAGGUCGUGUCACCCACCAAGAGCUGCAUGCUGCAGGCUGAUUCAGAGAAGCUGCGGCAGGCCUGGGUUCAAGCUGUGCAAGCCAGCAUUGCCUCCGCCUACCGGGAGAGCCCAGACAGCUGCUACAGUGAGAGGCUGGACCGCACGGCAUCUCCGUCCACGAGCAGCAUCGACUCUGCUACGGACUCUCGGGAGCGCAGUGUCAAGGGCGAGAGUGUGCUGCGGCGUGUGCAGAGUGCGGCCGGCAACGGCUGGUGUGGGGACUGUGGCCAGCCGGACCCCCGCUGGGCCAGCAUCAACCUGGGUGUGCUGCUGUGCAUUGAGUGCUCAGGCGUCCACAGGAGCCUGGGUGUCCACUGCUCCAAGGUGCGGUCCCUGACUCUGGACUCGUGGGAGCCAGAGCUGCUGAAGCUGAUGUGUGAGCUGGGAAACAGCACCGUGAACCAGAUCUACGAGGCUCAGUGCGAGGGGCCAGGCAGCAGGAAGCCCACAGCCAGCAGCCCCAGGCAGGACAAGGAGGCCUGGAUCAAGGACAAGUAUGUAGAAAAGAAGUUCCUGCGGAAGCUGCCCUCUGCACCAGCCCGGGAGGUACCUCGGCACUGGCGGGCACAGAAGUGCCAGCGCCACCACAGCUCCCCCCGAGCCCCCACAGCGCGCCGCAAGGUCCGCCUGGAGCCUGUCCUGCCCUCCGUGGCUGCUCUGUCCUCAGCAGGUGCUGUGGAACGCAAGUUCCGGAGGGACUCUCUCUUCUGCCCAGAUGAGCUGGACUCCCUCUUCUCCUACUUCGAUGCAGGGGCUGCUGCAGCUGGUCCACGUAGUCUGAGCAGCGACAGUGGCUUAGGGGGCAGCUCUGAUGGCAGCUCAGACGUUCUGGCCUUCGGCGCAGGCUCCGUGGUGGACAGCGUCACCGAGGAGGAGGGUGCAGAGUCUGAGGAGUCCAGCGGUGAGGCGGACGGAGAGGCUGAGGCCUGGGGCCUGGCAGACGUGCGUGAGCUGCACCCUGGGCUCCUGGCGCACCGUGCGGCGCGCACCCGAGACCUCCCUGCGCUGGCCAUGGCACUGGCGCACGGGGCGGAGGUCAACUGGGCGGACGCGGAGGACGAGGGCAAGACGCCGCUGGUGCAGGCUGUGCUAGGGGGCUCCUUGAUUGUCUGUGAAUUCCUUCUGCAAAACGGAGCGGACGUGAACCAAAGAGACAGCCGGGGCCGGGCGCCCCUGCACCACGCCACACUCCUGGGGCGCACGGGUCAGGUCUGCCUGUUCUUGAAGCGGGGAGCUGACCAGCAUGCCUUGGACCACGAUCAGCAGGACCCGCUGAGCAUCGCGAUCCAGGAGGCAAACGCAGACAUAGUCACGCUGCUCCGUCUGGCGCGCAUGGCUGAGGAGAUGCGAGAGGCCGAGGCGCCCCCAGGCCAGCCAGGCCCCCUGGCGGGUAGCAGCCCCACGGAGCUCCAGUACCGCAGGUGCAUCCAGGAGUUCAUCAGCCUCCACCUGGAGGAGAGCUAG